GGGGAGGGAAAACACCCCCACUCGUGUCCACCCUUUACCAUUAAUCAUAGUUAACUCCAGAAAGAGGGAAAUUAUUGAUCAUCUCUAUCAUUUUACAGUUUUUACCUGGCGGAAAAAUGAUGGAUUAACACUAAAGUGAAUCUUCUCGGUGGCGAAACGCUUUUUUCCCCCCGCCUCAUGUGCAGCAGCUCGCUAUGCUGUCCCAGAAGGAGAAAGAGCUACUUGCAACUGCAUGGCGAGGGCUGACUCCCGCCGCUGGAUACCUUGGAUCGGACGCGCUCAUUAGAAUGUUUACGACCUUCCCCGGAAGCAAGACCUACUUUUCCCAUCUCGACAUCAGCCCUGGCUCCGCCCACCUUUUUAGCCACGGGGAAAAGAUUGUCCUGGCCAUCGCCGAGGGAGCCCAAGACAUCAGUCAGCUGACAGUCACACUGGCCCCUCUGCAGACCUUGCAUGCCUACCUGCUUCGUAUCGACCCAUCUAACUUCAAGCUUCUGUCACACUGUAUGCUCGUCGCCUUGGCCAUUCACAUGGGCGAGGACUUCACACCGGUUUUACACGCCGUAAUGGACAAGUACCUGUCGGCCUUUGCAGCAGUACUUGCUGAGAAAUACAGAUGAGACUCGGCCAACUUACAUCACCACCACUUUGUCUAUUAAAUAUAUUUAAGUAUUGUUUCAUGUUUUGUUAUAAUAAAACAAGUAAAAACAA